AAGUUGCAAGUGGUCUGAUCCAGCAUGGCUGACGGCGAGGACGGGUCAGCUGCAGACGACAGUUGGUUUUUUGACUCUCUCGCACAUCUCACGCCAGAACCGCCCACAAAAAGGACCAUGUGUGACAGAUGCGGCCGGCCUGCGACAGUGUGCCUGUGUCCCUUCCUGCCCAGACAGCCGCUCCAGGUGUCCACAACAGUGUACAUCAUACAGCAUCCACAUGAGGAAACCCGUGUGCUGCGGACAGUCCCUCUCCUGGCGGCCUGUCUCCCUCCAGACAGAUGUCAUGUCAUCAGAGGGAAGAGGUUCAAACGGGGACACCACCCUGAGCUUGAACAGAUGCUAUCCUCCCCGCACACCUAUGUGCUCUACCCAAGUGAAGAUGCCCUUGACAUUGACCAGGUUGCCAUAGCAACAAACCCAGCCAAUCAGGACCCACCCCCGUACAACAUGGUCAUCAUCGAUGGUACCUGGACGCAGGCGCGGGACAUUUAUACAGCCAAUGAGAUCUUCCACUCCCCGAAACAGGUGAAGCUGAGUGGAACGGGAGUCAGUGAGUACGUGAUCAGGACCCAGCCCACUGACAACAGUCUGUCCACUCUGGAAACUGCUGCUGUUGCCAUGGCAGCGCUCGAGCGACGCCCGGAGAUCAAGGAGGUGCUGUUUGCCCCCCUGCGUGCCUUAUGUAAGUUCCAGUUGGAGUGUGGAGCCCAGCCACACCAGAGCAAGGAGUAUCUGAAGAGUAGGGGGCUCUACAAGAAGCCUUUCCCGCAUCAUCACAAUAGUGAGUGCCGAGAGGUCUUCAAGAAAACUUCUCACAACUCCACAGGGGAAGCAGGGCUAUGACGCAGGCUCUCUUCUAGUCUGAUACUUAAAAUGUUAUUGUUUUAACUUGAAAGUUCUUCUGUGUUGGUAGAAGUCAUUCUUGAAGUAAUUGAACUGUAAUAUCCAACC